AUGCAGAGCUGGAGUCCCUAUGGCAGUCCUACGUUAAGUUCAACGCUGACUGGCAACUCCUGCGAUGCUACUGGUGACAGUCCCUGCUGUAUUCCACACUUGAAAAAGGAACUAAUGAUUUCAAAUAUCGCGCUUCAGCCGGACGAAAGCCGGCGCUGGACCAACAGCAUGGAGCGGGUCCGGCGCCCUCACCUUCCCGAGAUGGCUAUUGCCGCGGCGCCACACCCGGAAGUUUACGGCUGGCCGGGUACGGCGGUGGGUCAGGGGUCACUUAAGGACCGGAAGUCGUCCUGGGAACGGGCUGCAAAGCGAAGGCGGCUGCAGCGAAGCCUCCCCUCCCAUCCCUCUUUCCUCCCCGCUGAGGCCCUGGUCGCCAUGGAGACGAAGACGAGGAGGAGGAGGAGGGGUAGAUGGAAGCCAGUGCCAGAGGAGGCGGAGGAGGAGGAAGCAGAAGAGGCCGCAAAGAUGGAACCUUCUCCCUGGGCCUCUCACCUGCCAUCCCGUGCUACCCACCGCUGCCGGGAGUGCAGACGUCGCUGCCGCCGUCUGUGGACCCUGCGCUGGCACCUUUUGUCCCACCCGUCCCGGCCUCCCUUCAUCUGCUCCUGCUGCGGCCGCGCCUUCUCCUUCUUCCGCCUACUCUCAGGCCACUGCUGCCCAUCUUUGGGCCUCGGGGCUCCCGCAGGCCCAUUAGAGCCAAUCCCAACCUCAACCAGCUCAGCUCCAGACUUAGGACAUCCCACUGGCCCGACAAGGCCAUUCCCAGCCUUGGUGCGCGAUGCUGUAAGCACAGAAAGUCCCACUGGCCUAACAAGGCCAACCCCAGGCACGACAGGCCAACCUGCCAGCCUGGGACUUCCCGCCAACCCAACAGGGCCAGUCCCAGUCUCGAUAGACCUACCUUCAUGCCUGGGGGAACCAUUAUGUUCAACAGGAUCAGCUACAGGACUGGGAAACCAAGCAGCACCAGAAACAGGCUUGGGAGGUCUUUUAGGCCCAGCAGAACCAGUGACAGGCUCAGCAGGCGCAGCUCCAUGUCAGGGAGGACGAGCAGACCCAGUCCCAAGCUGGAGAGUUCAAGUAGGCCAGAUCCGAAGCACUCAGAGCCCGGCAGGCCCAAUCCCAGAGCCGGGAAGCCCAGCCACAGGGCCAGGAGGCCCAGCAGAUGCAGCCCCAGACUUUGGAAGCCCAGAAGGCCCGGACCCAGACCCGUGGGAUCCGGAGUCGGAGCCCGACCCCUCGGCCGGGGCCCGGGCGCUGGAACGAGCUGUGCCCCACCGGUGCGAGGCCUGUGGCCGGGCCUUUGCCCGGCCUGAGCUGCUGGCAUCCCAUGAGUGCGACCCAGCCCGGCCAUACAGCUGCCCCCUCUGUCCCAAGCGUUUUGCCACCCCCUGGUACCUGCAGAAGCACCGUCGGCGCCAUUCACGCCCGCCGUCCUUUGCCUGCGCUGAGUGUGGUCGGGCCUUCAAGGAGCGCUAUGAGCUGGCCCGUCACCGGCUGGUGCACGAUCCGGGCAGGCCCCACUGCUGCCCAGCCUGUCCCCGGCGUUUUGCCCGGCCCCAGGGCCUGGCCCUCCACCUGCGGGGCCAGCACGGGCCGCCCCGCCGGCGCCCCUUCCGCUGCCCUCUUUGCGGCAAAGGCUAUGCCCGCUCAGCCCACCUCCUUCGCCACCAAUAUGGCCACACUGGCGAGCGGCCAUACCCCUGCACCGGCUGCGGCAAGGCCUUCCGCGACCCUGGCACCCUGCGCCGGCACCGCCGUCUGCACUGCAUCCCAGCGGCAGCCUCCGCCAGGGCCGGUUCUGGGCCCUUGGCAACUACUGGACCUGAUUCCAUGCCUCUAGCAACCACUGGGCCCAAUUCUGGGUCUUUAGCAACUACCGGAUCUGAGACUUGUCCCCUGGAAACUAAUGCGGGGCCUGGUCAUAGUCCCUUAAAAACUGCCCCCAGACCCCUUUCCACUUCCUUAGGAACCACCACGGGGCCUGCUUCUGGUUCCUUAACAUCCAACACGGGGCCUGAUUCCAGUCCCCUAGCAACUGCUACUGUGACAGGUUGCAGUGCCCCAGCAACAGCAGGUCCCUGCCCCUGCCCCUCGGCAACAUCCCAAGUGACUACCGUCGGUCACCUUGCAGUGGCUGGCUCCGGAGUCAGUGAGGAGCAGACCGGCACCCCGGCCCUUCCCCGUCGGCCCAAGUGUGUGGUGUGCGGCAAAGCCUUCGCUGACACUGCCGCACUGGCCCGUCACCACGGCCAGGGCCACCCGCCGUCCCGCGGGCCCUACGCCUGCCCAUUGUGCCGGCUGGCCUUUCCGCGCUCAGCCGAGCUACAGGCCCACCAGGAGCGCUGGCACCCGUCCCCAUCCUCGCCUUCCUCCCCAUCUCGGGGCUUCACCUGCGCUGAGUGUGGGCGCGUCUACGGCCGGGCCUCACACCUCCUGCGGCACCAACGCUCACACACGGGCGAGCGUCCCCAUGCCUGCCUGGCCUGCGGCAAGGCCUUUGUCAACGCUUACGAGCUGCUGCGUCAUGGCCUGACCCAUAGUGCCGAGGCACCCUACGCCUGCCCGCAGUGCGACAAACGUUUCAAGCGGCCCCAUUACCUGGCGCAGCACCGGCGAACGCACGCUGCCGGCCUGCCCUAUCCGUGCCCGGAAUGUGGCCGUCGUUUCAAAACCACCGCCUACCUCCUCAAGCACCAGGCCCGUCGCCACCCGCCCUCUGAAUCCCAGGCAUCCAGCGGUGGGACUGACCCCACUCUCCGCCACGCCUGUGCAGCCUGCGGCAAGGCCUUCCGCUACCCAUAUGAACUGGCCCGCCAUGGGCGCCGGCACUCAGACCGGGCCCCUUAUUCCUGCCCAGCCUGCCGGAGACGCUUCAAGAGUGGCCAGGACCGUGACCAGCACGCCCGCCUCCACACGGGCGAGAGGCCCUAUGCCUGUGGAGCCUGUGGCAAGGCCUUCACACGCUCCUCCAUGCUGGGUAGGCACCGACGCACUGCCCAUCGGGAGAGAGCUGACGGUGAAGAGGGAACGGGGCGUGGGCGGCUGCGAGGUAGAGGGAGAGGGAGAGUGAGGGGGUCAGCAGUGGGGAGCGGGCUCUCCUGGGCCUCAGAAUUCCUUCAAGCCUCCGAACCUAGUGCUCUUGAUGUGUCCCAGGCUUCAGAGACACCCCGGGACCUAGGGUCAAAGUGGGAUGGUGCCCUCGAUCUCACUCAGGCUUCAAAGACACCCCAGGAUCCAGUAUCAGCGUGGGACAGCACCCUCAGCCACACUCAGGCCUUGGAGACAUCCCAGAACCCCAGAUCACUACAGGACAGAGCCAUCGGCCUUGUUCAGGCCUCAGAACUGCCCCAGGAUGUGGCCCUUGGCUUUCCCCAAGCCUCAGAGAUGCUCCGGGACCCUGAGUUGCAGUGGGAUGGAGGCCACAGCCUCUCUCCGGCCUUGGAGCUCCCUCACACCCCAGAUACAGCUGGGGACGUUGCUUGCAGGCUCUCCGGGGACUCUGAGCCACCCCAGGACAGAGCUGAUGGUCUCCCUGGGACCUUGGAACUAGGCCAGGUUGGAACCCAGAGCCGUCACCUGCCCCGGGAGCCCGAGUGGGAUGGAGAACAUUGCCUGUCAAAGUCGCCCGAGUCUGAACCAGCCCAGGACGAUGGCCACCCCAGGGGCGCCGUUGUCCUCCCCUAUGACUGUCCUCAGUGUCAGCGGGCCUUCCCCUUUCUGGUGCAGCUCCUCAAGCACCAGUGUGCCCUGCCUCAGGGCCAAAGCCCGGCCUUCGUCUGCCCCCACUGCCCACGCGCCUUUGCCCGUGCCCUGGAGCUCGCCACCCACCUGCCCUGCCAUGCUGGCCAGAGGGGAACUCACUGCUGAAGGGCCUGAGGCUGUGGUGCUUCUCACUGCCUCCACUGAGGCUCCUGAGGUCAGUUGUCCCUCUCCCAACUUCCCAUUGCGCCUCAGUGGGUCCUUUACAGACUGGGCUGCGGAGUGGGGGAGUGGGCUGAGCUCAGUUGUCCCUGGGUUAGAGGGCCAAGUUGAGGAGUGGGGUCGGGGGAGGUGGGGAAUGAAACAGGCUUGAGGUCAACCAACCCUUCCCAGGCAGAAGGACCUUGUAGGAGGGAGGGAAGUGAAGAGGGCGUUCCUCACGUCCCCUUGGGAAGAGGAGAAUGGUCCUGAGGUCAACAACAGCCCCGUCCCAGGCAGAGCAAGGGUGUAUGUUUCUGGAGGGAGGGAGGUGUCUGGGGAAUGGGGGAGGAGGGUGGAGUGGGGAGGGGAUGAGAUGCCGUGUGUUCAGGAUUUGCUGUUUGUGAGUCAGUCGUUCCUCUCACCUAGCUCCCCCUCACCUCUCCCUCCAUUGUUCCCCUCGCUCCCUCCACCCUAUCCCACUCUGCACUCCCCCGCCUUUCUCUCUGUUCCUCCCACUCCUUUUCCUCUCUCUUAAUUCACACCCCCUCCCCAGCCCUCGACUGACAGGCUGCGUUGCUUUGUAAUCUGACCUGUUCACCAGACUUUCUGCUCUGUUCAAUAAAGUGACCUCUGUGAGAGAGAUGGAGCUGGUCCUCACAUCAUCUCCCUCAAUCCAUCUUCUCUUGGGAGGGGAGGGGGGGGUCACUGGCUCUGUGGAUCUGACGGUGGUGGGGCGUUGUGUGUUGGUUUUUGCUGCCUCUGAAUCUGUUCUUCCCUUUCUCCCCCAUCUCUCUCCACCCACUCUCUCCCCCUCUCCCCAUCCUCCCUCUGUCGUCCCUAUCCCCUUAACGUCCCUCAAAAACUGAUGUUAAAGUGAUCGCGUGUAUUGAACCAGGCCACAGAAUUGACGAGUUCCCCAUUUUAUUUCCCAGUCUUUCUUUCUUUCUUUCUUUCUCUGCCCGAUCUCUCCUCUCUUUUCUGUAUCUCUCCUCUCCUCCCUCUCCCUACCUCUCCUCUCCCUCUCCCUCCCUCUCUCUCCCUUCUCUUGGCCCUCUCUCUCUCUUCUCUGUCUGUCUCUCCCUCUCCCUACCUCUCCUUCCCUCCCUCUCUCUCUCCCUCCCUCUCUCCUCUCCCUUCUCUUGGCCCUCUCUCUCUCUCUCUUCUCUCUCUGUCUCUCCCUCUCCCUCCCUCUCUUGUCCCUCUCCGUCUCUCCCCCCCCCUCUCACUCUGUCACCCUCUCAGUUUCCCAGUCUGUUUGUCUGUCUUUGACCGUCUCUUUCUCUGUCUCCCCCUGCUCCGAUUGCCACCACCUCGCCCCCACAUGGGGAUCCUCAUUGUCUGCUGAACGGUGUCUGCCUGGGUCAUGGAGAUCGAUCCUUCCUGCUGGUUCUCACCCUCCUUCCUCGUUGCCCCAUCUCCCUCCUGUCAGCCUCCCUUCCCAUCGUGAGUCUCAGACCGGUCGCCACAUUCCACAGCCUGGAGCUGGUGGGAACUUCGCGGUGGCUCCCCCCACUCCGUCUGAGUUUCAGCAUGGUCCUCACCCUUGUCUUCUCCCCCCGCCAACCCGGGGGAGGGAGAGAGAAAGAGUAUUAGAGAGGGACAGGAGGGAGGGAGGGGGAGGAAGCAGUGAGAGAAGGAGACAAGAGGGAGAGAU